GUGCGUUGGGGAGAGAAGGGCUCGACGGAGGAAGGGGCAAGGCUGGAGAAGGCUAAGAAUGCUGUAGUGUCUGUUCCUGAGGAGGUGGAAGAGCCCACGAUGGCCAAACGGACCCCCAAACCCACCCCUACAUACCACCAGCGCCAGGAGUCCAAAUGGUAUACCCCUAUAAAGGGUCGUCUGGAUGCGCUGUGGGCUUUACUGCGGCGGCAGUAUGACCGAGUUUCCCUCAUGAGACCUACCACUGCGGACAAAGGGAGAUGUAUUAAUUUCAACCGUGUGCAGAACCGUUAGAAGACGAACACAAAGGAGAACRUCUUCAACAUUCAAAUAUGUGUUUGAAGACUUAAUAUCCAGAAGACUAUAAGUGUCCAAAACCACUAUUCAUUUGCUUCUCUCAGUAUUGUGCUCAAAGUGGAAUCUCUUUCUCCACGAUGUCUCCUGUCAUAUCCAAAAGCAUCUUACUUAUAAGAACAUUUUCAUAUUUCCAUCCUUCCAUAACAGGGAUAUAACUUUAUAUUUUUUUUAACUUGUCCUUUUUUUAACUUCACAAGAGGCCAAAGCAAAUAAACAGUGCGGCACGAAACGUGGCCAAUCGGAUCUGGUUAGCUUUUUUUGUGCGCUCUAAAAGCUUAACAUAUUCUGACCAUAUUGCGCCUUCUGUGGAARACCUCAUUUCAUGGACACAGACGGAAGCUAUCUUAAAAAAAAGAAACAUGCAGAGCGAGAGAGAACGGGCGAGGCUGUGCCGUUAGCAUGGCAGUAGCAAUACUCCCAGAGGGCCUCGACACACAGUGCACAAGUCCAUCGCCUCUUGGCAACAUCUCGUCACAAAGCCUCUCCAACUUCUCUCCCUCCACUAUCGUUGAAAGAUGCCCGGCGGGACCCCCUUUGACUGCAGAUCCUGUCAUUUUAACACUGAGAAGUGCACACGCAUGACAAACUGUGGACAGCCAGGACGCCCUAAGGUAUUGGAAGCAGUAGCUAAGACAUUGCCCUUUAGUUUUGUGAAGACACCUUUCUUUCAUUAUGCACUGGGGACAAGGGGAGUUACUAGAGCGUUAUCCCACCGCGGGCCAGGCCAGAACAGGACAGCCCCUCUGACCAGACCACCACAACUCUCCACUCUGACUACUUUUGAGGGAUGGACGCCUAAAGCCCCUGACAUGGUGCUUGGCUGUGUUUCCCCAAUGUUUUGAUGCAAUCUGCUGUAUGCUCACUAAGGCGUACAACAUCACAACCCAUAAACCUGCCAGUCAGUCAGUUGAAGAGUUUUAAGAUAUAGAUACAGCUGUCUCCCACUUCACUGCUACCCGUCCCCCUCUGUCUCCAAUUCUCCAAGGGCCUCCCUGCCUCUCUCCAGUCUCAGCCCUUUAGCUUCGGCAGCAGAAUAUCAAAGUUUAAUUAAAAUAAUUAAAGAGAACAGCAAGCAGCAGCCUGUGAAGAUUUGAUCGUCUUUUUUUUUUAAGCCUUUUGACAUUGAAUGACCUAUAACUGUAUGUGCAUUAUUUGGAGAGAAAGAGGCCAUCCCAUCCUGUCUCCUUGGUGACGGUUUGGUGCACCCUGGCUGUCCGAAACCCAAACGCAAAACCAAGGCAACGGAUGCGACGGACGGAUAAGUAUUGUUCAUUUGCAGAAAUUACGUUACCAAGCCUCGCACGUGUCGACCCCACCACCAAAAAAAAAAGCGGUAGUUAUAUAUGUAUAUAUAUAUUUGUUGUAGAUUUCUCAAGAGCGCUGUCAUGACACCAAUCCCAAAAUGAUGUCAGCGAGAGAGGAGCAYUGUGGGGGAGGAAAGGCAGCAGCUGAAUAGAAAAGGCUCCAACGAUCCAGUCACUUUGGAUACAGUACUUCAGAUGCAAAAUGGAUAUUCGAGUCGAAACCUGACAAAGCGCGCCCGGUUUUGAUGGGAACCAGUAUAGACAAUGACCAGUGGCUGGGUCAGUGGGAUGUCUCUGUGCAACCAGGGAAGCUUAUCAAAUGACACUAAAAAUAAGUUCAACAACCAUCAAGUUUCAGGGGGAAUGGGCCAGGAUUUACACAUUUGGUGGGCAUGCGUGUGCACGAGACGGGUUGGGCGUGCACGAGACGGGUUGGGGCGCACAACGUCGUCUCUGACUUAAUUAUUCCUUUGUUUUGUUAUCUGGGUGGACAGGAAGGGACAGGAAUGACACUGAUGGUCAGAUACAAUCCUUAGCAAACCGUGAUAUUAUUUUUCAUACACAUUUUAGUCUCUUGUCUGAUCUUCUGCACAACAUUUUAGUAAGAUAAUCAGCUUCGUUUAAAUGAACUGUAGAAGAGGAUAUUUAACAGUUUUUAUAUUUUCUUGUCACGUUACAUCUGAGAGCACAGAGCUGCUAUUAACCCGUACUAGUUAGUUAUUUACAUACCAGGCCAAACACAACUCUCCAUCCUAACAACGCUUCACAUUGGCUUUCGGUUCCCUCUCUUUCCCCUCUGCCAUCUCCAAAUGUUCCAYGGCGAGAACACAUUUUUUACUCUUUAUAAAUAAAACAUAUUUAUAGUAUUGAUAUUUUAAUAUGACAGUGCCCUUUGCCAAAUAUGCCUUUACUUAAAAAUAUAUUUAUUUGUMAUUUUUUUGCACUUUUUAAUUUUGUUUUGUGCAAUUCAAUUGCGAGAUGCCCAAAAUYCCUCUUUUUUUUCAGCAUAAGCUAAAAGUUGGUUUGAAUAAAAUAAUUUUUAUAUAAACAUUUUAAAACCCAAUUAUAUCAUAGUUUUUAUUUCACAUAUGGAAGGCUGUAAAUUCUGCUUAUUUUUAGAAUGGACAUUUUUAGAAAACAAACAGCUAAUAAAAAUGCAAGUGUUAAAGUAUGUGUUAGACUGUGUAAUUUGAUAUAAUUUAUAUCAGGAUGUUUAAUAAUUACAUUUUGCGAUUUUAAAAUCACCUCUGGUAGUUGUACCCGAAUAAUUUAAGUAGUCAACGAUAAGCACAUUAUUCAAUGCAAUCAUGGAGUAUUUUUCUUAUUUUCCAAAAUAUUAAAAUGAUGUUUAUCCGUGGUUUAAUUGUAGAUUGUCUGUCCUCAUGUCUGCAUUUCCUSUAUUAUCAUAGCACUUCAGGACAGGGCUGUACUACGGGCUUCAGUUACAGUACAUACCAAGAAAAACAACUGUUCUCCAAACGUUGGUUUUGUCUCUGUGCUAUAUUCAUUCAUGGGUUGCAUAUGUUAUGUACACUGUAUUGGUUUGUUUCGUCGUUUUUUAUACAUUAAAUCUUUUUUUCAUUUAUUUAUCACAAAUUUCUACUACAAUCACCUUUUUUUUUUAUGUGACUACAAUUACCCAUUGUGAUGUCACAGUGAUUGUCAUGUGUUCGAUUCAUUAUUAAACCUUCAACUGGAAA